AUGGCAUCAGUUACAGUCAUUACCUUGACUCAAUGGCAAAUGAACAAUGGAAAGACGAUGUCGCAUACGCGAUGACCCCUUUUAAAAUAAUAUCGUGGCCCAUUGGCGUCUGGCCACUUCAAGUUUAUAACGUUUAUUCGUUUAUACGAUGUAUUUUAGCCACCUGUUGCGCGGCUUUAAUGAUCGUCAUGCCUUCCUUUGAGUUCUACUUGGGUUGCACUGACGCGGACACAAACAUAGACUGUCUUGAGCUAGUCUGUUGUGGAACACUUGGUAUGGUGAAGACAAUAUGUUUCCGUAUUUAUGCAAGAAAUUUGACUAACAAUUAUGGUUCUGCCAUAAAUGAUUACUUGACGAUUGAGAACACGAAGGAACGUGCCAUCAUGCGGAAACACGCCUUCAUGGGAAGAUUCCUCUGUUGUUUAAUUUUAGGCUUUGCCUACAUUGGAGGUUUGAUGUAUGUGCUAAUCCCUCUUCUGGAUGUUAAGGGAAUUGAGCAAGUUAACAUAACAAAUGAAGAUAUCAUGUUAGAGUAUCCAAUACCAUCAAAAUGCGCUAUGAAAUAUUUCAAUGCUCCAGUGAGUAUGUAUAGAAUCUUCUGCCUCGUCGAUGCUAUUGCGGUAAUGAUAGCUACUACUACUAAUAUUGGUAACGAUGCUUUAUUUCUGAACAUUAUAUUGCACAUUUGCGGUCAAAUACAAAUUCUGAAAGUCAAUUUCUUUGAUUUUGAUGUCGAAAGUCCACAAAUGUACGAUCGAUUCAACGAUCUAAUUAAAAGACACAAUUAUUUAAUAAAAUUGACCAGAGAACUAGCAGAAAUGAUCAGUUUUGUUUUACUGAUAGAAUUAUUUAUUAUUGGUCUACUUUUAUGUGUAAUUGGACUUCAAUUUAUUUUAGCAUUAAAAGUAAAUAAUAUUAUUAUAGUCGCCAAAACUAUAAUUGUACAAGUAACGUUUCUGAUACAAUUAACUUUAUACGGUCUUACUGGAAAUUAUUUAAAAAUUCAAAUGGAAGAAAUAGGGAUUGCUGUAUAUCAAAGCGCUUGGUACAAGCUUCCUGCAAAAUUGGCGAGACAUUUAAACUUCAUCAUUAUGCGUUCAUAUUCUCCAGUCACCUUACAAGCUGGAAAUUUCAUCGUGAUAAAUCUAUCAACUUAUGUGAGCAUCCUAAAAGCAUCUCUUUCAUAUUUGUCUGUUCUCCGAGUAUUAGUAGAAGCGUGAGAUGUAAUGCACAUAAAUAAAGAUAAAAAUUCCAUAAAUUACAA